UGUGUUUAUAGUUUUAGAGUUAGAUGACGUGUAAUGGCUGAAAUGAAAUAAGUCACAAUGGGAUUCCUAUGCACUAGAGUGUUAUUAUAAAUCAAUAAACGCUUAACAUCACUAGCGCAAAGCUAAAACUGUUCAGUAUCAUCAGAUUUAUUUCAAUUUACAUUUGUAAAGACCCUGUUAUAGGUGGCUUAGUGGUCAGCACAUCCGCCUCACACCUCCAGCGUUGAGGGUUCGAUUCCUGUCGCUGCCCUGUGUGUGCGGAGUUUGCAGGUUCUCCUCCGGGUUCCUCCGGGUACUCCGGUUUCCUCCCCCAGUCCAAAGACAUGCAUGGUAGGCUGAUUGGCGUGUCCAAAGUGUCCGUAGUGUAUGAACGGGUGUGUGUGUGAGUGUGUAUGUGAUUGUGCCCUGCGAUGGAUUGGCACCCUGUCCAGUGUGUACCUCACCUUGUGCCCCAUGCCCCCCCCCCCCGGGACAGGUUCCCCUGUAGGAUAAGCGGUAUAGAAAAUGGAUGGAUGGAUGGAAGUCCCUGUUAUAAUGGCAAUUUUCAGGGACUUUCUGGUGGGGAACUUUUGCUGUUCAGGUCAGCACUUCUUAGAAUAAAGGAUGUUAAUUAUGGGAACAAAUGCACAGCUCUACAUUUUGAACUCUGCCUAAUUGAUUCAGCUCACCACCGCCACUCAAACGAUCUAUUUAGCUUCAUUUUGGGUCAGAAAGCGUCUUUAGGGCUUAAAUAUUAGGCUGAACCCAAGCAGUAGUGACAGUUAGUCAAUUAAUGACUCCUAAAAUCCAUAGUUUGUCAUGGUCCACUUUUUUCUCUUACUAUAAGGGUCCCUUUCCCUAUCCCCUCCAUACCCAUGAUGAUGACGCAUAUAAUUUUUGGGAAAACCACAUGUUGAUAUAAAUUAAUGUGUGCUUUUUGGACAGGCUUAAUUUUGAGUCUGCUACUAUUUUGAAUCUCCACCAUAGGUGAGGACGUCAAUCCGUGGAUGUAAAACCAGACCAGAGAACACAAAUCAAUGCCAUCCUGUGUGCAAUGAUCAAUAUACAUAUAAAAAGCUAGCGCUGGAGACAUUUUUGCUCACGUUGAGAGUACGACGGGAUACAUUUUUAAAUUUUUUUACACUUUCCGCCAAGUCUUCUUUAAACAUAACCUUUUGUUUUAAAUAUACAUUAUAUUUUGGACCAUUCUUGCUGAAGAUCAUGAACCUCCAGUCAACUGAGAGUGAGAGCGAGAGUGAUCUCUGCCACCCAGGCGGUUCUAACUGCACGGCCGUGGUUAAGGAGUCCCUGAGUGCUGAGAACUAUAAGAUGCAGCACAUACCAUCCCGUGGGCCGACCCCCGUCCACCACAACGAAUUUGCACACCUGUUUCCUACUGUGGACGUCCCGGAUCACGCUCACUACGUUAUCGGGUCGGUCAUCCUCAUCGUGGGGAUCACAGGCGUAAUAGGGAAUGCGCUGGUCAUCUAUGUGUUCUGCCGCAGCCGCCCACUACGUACACCAGGGAACAUGUUGGUGGUCAACCUGGCCGUGUCUGACUUCUUCAUGUCACUCACUCAGCCGCCAGUGUUCUUUGUGGCCAGCCUUCACCGGCGUUGGGUGUUCAGCGAGCUUGCGUGUGAACUGUAUGCCUUCUGUGGUGCCCUCUUUGGGAUCUGCUCCAUGAUGACUCUAACAGCUAUAGCUGUCGACCGCUGCCUUGCCAUAACCCGGCCUCUUGCUUUGCUGGGACAGGUCAAUCAAGGCAGAGUUGGUACAGUGCUAGCCCUGGUAUGGCUCUAUGCUCUGGGCUGGAGUCUACCUCCUUUCUUCGGCUGGAGUGCGUAUGUUCCCGAGGGUCUCCAGACCUCCUGCUCUUGGGACUACAUGUCAUUCACGCCAUCGGUGCGCACCUACACCAUUCUUCUCUUCAUGUUCGUCUUCUUCAUCCCUCUGAGCAUCAUUGCUGCCUGUUACUUGGUCAUCUUCCGAGCUAUCCGAAAAACCCGGAGAGAGGUAAGACAUCUUGACUCCAGUGAAACACCUAAGGCGCUCGAAUGCAUCAAGACUGAAUGGAAAAUGGCUAAAGUGGCCCUCUUGGUCAUCUUACUAUUUGUGAUUUCCUGGUCACCUUACUCCGUGGUGGCUCUCACAGCCACAGCUGGCUAUGCUCAUGUCAUCACUCCUUAUAUGAACUCCAUCCCUGCAGUGAUUGCCAAGGCUUCUGCCAUCCACAACCCCAUAAUCUAUGCUAUUACACACCCUAAAUACAGACUAGCCAUUGUGCGCCAUGUUCCUCUUCUUCGCUUUAUCCUGUGUGUUGGAAUGAAUAAGCGCUCAUCCUCCAUCUUCACCAGUGGCACCUCUUCUCAUCAGGCAGCCCUAACCAGCCAGCAUGCCCUGGGUGUCCGGAUUGGCAAUGCCACGCGUGCUAACUGCCGCUGGGGGAAGACAAGGCUGUCCUCUGCUUCUGACACCGAAUCCUGCUGGACAGACAGUGAGGCUGAUGGCUCCAGUACCAACUCGCUGCCUUUCGCCAGACGCGUGUCUACAGAGAUCUCUUCAGACACUGCCAUCCCUCCGGAGCAGGCUGGCACGAGCGCAGGAAUUGGGCAGAAAAUGGUGAAGGUUGACAGAGUUAGCAGCAUUCCUCUGCCCUCCAUUAUUCUGGAACCAGACGGAGGAGUGCUUUCUAACACUAAAUCUUUUCUCCUAUCAGGUAACUGACCGAGGACUGCCACUGCAGGGCUUUGAUGGAUGUUCUUUUUAAAACGUGCUUCACUGUAUAAACUCUAUGGUGUAUUAUUAAAGAUGGGUAAAAAGUACUCCAGUUCUUCCUCUUUUACCCAUGUACAAAUUUAAUCAUAUAUAAUUUCACUGAAUGUAUAGAAUUACAUUCUUUUCAGA